AUGACUACCUUCGCAUUCGUUACUAUAUUGGUCUGCUUUCAAGCAUGCGUCGUACAGAGUGUGUUCGGACAGUGCUAUGGCAGCUUACCGCUAGCUUCAGUGGCCAAUAACGCAGGGUGUGGUCGUGGACUGGGCUACGAGCUGAGGAGUUCCGGUCAGGGUUGGAGCGGUGCCGAAGUGGCCGGGGCGUAUGGGGGAACCGGUGCGGGUGACUUGGACGUCGCCGGUGAGCUGCCAGUGGCUGGCACCACUCUGGUUGCUGGACACGUACCGGUUUUAGGAGCUGUUCAGUUCGCGGGAGAGGUCCCGGCGGCCGGAACGGUCUCUAUCUUCGGAAAGUGCGGUUGUGAUUGUAAUGGAGGGCCGUUGUCGUAU